AUGACCCAACCCCCAUCGACACCCCCUGUGGUGGUCUCGACCACUCCGACGGGUAUCACGACCAUAAUUAUUUCCCGGCCUCAUCGUCGCAAUGCUGUGAACCCGUCAACUGCCCAAGACCUGUAUUCGGCCUUUAUCGAUUUUGAGAAUGAUUCUUCGCAAAAAGUCGCCAUUCUCACGGGCUCCGACGGCUAUUUCUGUGCCGGGGCCGACCUCGUCGAUCUGACUCUUGAGCAGAAGCGGAAGCAGGAACAGAAACAGAAACAGAAUGCGAUGGCCAGUCUGACCACCACCACCACCACUUCUUCUUCUUCCUCCAGAGAUUCCUGGAACAACAUGCCGGUAGAGAAUCGUAACCGUGGACCGAUGGGACCUUCACGGCUGCAGGUCAAGAAACCCGUCAUUGCGGCGGUCGCUGGUCACGCCGUUGCUGGUGGACUGGAGCUCAGUCUCCUGGCUGACAUGCGCGUCGUCGAAGAGGACGCCAUAUUCGGAGUGUACUGCCGGCGGUGGGGCGUGCCUUUGAUCGAUGGCGGAACCGUUCGUCUCCAGGCGGUCGUCGGCCUGGGUCGUGCUCUCGACAUGAUCCUGACCGGGCGGCCCGUCACGGCUCAAGAGGCCCUGGCCAUGGGUCUUGCCAACAGGGUGGUCCCGCGCGGCAAGGCUUUGGAAGAGGCCACCAAGUUAGCGCAGGAGCUUUUGAGGUUCCCGAACGGGUGCAUGAACGCGGACAGGAACUCGUGCUACUACGCCGCCUACGACGCGUCGAGUUUUGAGGAUGCCCUGAAGAACGAGUUCGACAACGGUACGAGGGUGCUGGAGACUGAGAGUUUCAAAGGCGCCGCCAGAUUCGCGGGAGGUCUGGGAAGACACGGGGGCUUUUCCAAGUUAUGA